AUGGCGGCGAGUGCGCGCGUGAUGAAUCAUCGAUCGAAGAAGUUCCACGGGAACAUUCACCGGCGGGGCGAGGUGAGCGCGAAGGAUGCGAAGAAGAAGGAAUUCGGCGUGGGGCCGGUGAUGUUGGGAUUUUUUUGCUUCGUCGUCAUCGGUUCGAGCGUGUUGCAGGUUUUGCGAUCGGCGUCGUCGGGGGCGCUGGGGACGUGA